GAGGGCUGCGGCUGGAAAUUCGCCAGAUCUGAUGAGCUGACGCGGCACUUCCGCAAACACACCGGCCACCGACCAUUCCAGUGCCACCUGUGUGAGAGGGCCUUCUCCCGCUCCGACCACCUGGCUCUGCACAUGAAGAGGCACAUGUGA